CGGUCCGUGGCGCAGAUGUGGAUCCUGUAGAACUGCAUCAGGAGCGCACAGGCGGACACACAAGAUGCGCACCAUGGGCGCUUCGGUUUGGGAGGAGCCUCGAUAUUUUACAGCUCUGUUGCACGCCGCUUUCCUGUCAAGACCCAUUUGGAAAAGGAGAUGUAGUGGGAAAGGUGGCACCGAUCAGCAAUACAUCACCCACCGAUAAAAUGAGCCCACCAGACACAUACAACACCUCCAGCGAAGGGGCGGCUGGUGAAACCUGGUUUGGUGAAACCUGGUUCAACGACAGCACAGGUUCACACCACCCUGGUUUCCACACUGACAUCACCAAGCACCUCGGAGUACAGAUCAUCCUGAUCACGGCGUAUUCCCUCAUCAUUCUGAUGGGUCUGCUGGGCAACACUCUCGUAGUCUACAUGAUUAUUCGCUACAGAAAAAUGCGAACAGUGACCAACUUCUUCAUAGCGAACCUGGCCCUGGCCGACCUCCUGGUAGACACUCUCUGCUUGCCCUUCACUCUGGUUUACACUCUGCUGGACGAGUGGAAGUUUGGAGCCGUGUUGUGCCACAUGGUGCCGUUUUCCCAGGCCCUCAGUGUGCAUGUGUCCAUCCUGACCAUGACCGUCAUUGCUCUGGAGCGUUACCGCUGCAUCGUUUUCCACCUGGGCCGGCGCCUCACUUGGCACUCCAGCUUCCUCAUCAUGGCCCUCACCUGGUCCAUGUCUGCUGUCCUGGCAGCACCCUUGGCCAUCUUCAGAGAGUACCGCCACGAGGAGAUCCCUUCCAUCAACCUGCGCAUUGCCGUCUGCUCUGAGAGGUGGCCCCACGGGACCAGCAAGGGCGGAGUCAUCUACAGCCUCUCGAUGCUGCUCCUACAGUUCAUCCUCCCUCUGGCCAUCAUCAGUUACGCUUACAUUUGCAUAUGGGUCAAAUUGAAGAAUCACAUCAGCCCGUCCAGCCGCAGCGACAGCAUCAACCGCCGCAAAAAGACCACCAAGAUGUUGGCCCUGGUGGUGGUGGUGUUUGCCAUCUGCUGGCUGCCGUUCCAUGUGUUUCAGCUGGCGAGUGAUCUGGAUCUGGUGCUCAGGUUUAAGGAGUACAAACUGAUAUACACCGUGUUCCACAUCAUAGCCAUGGGUUCAACUUUCACUAACCCUCUCCUCUACGGGUGGAUGAAUAAAAACUACAGGAACGGCUUCCUCAUGGUCUUCCGUUGUGAAGAUAGGCCUGAGUCCUUCCACCCCGAGGGCUCGUUCAGGACACGCUCCUCACGGAGGCUGACUCUGAAUGGACGUAAUGGCGGACAACAUCCGACCGCUGUGUGAGAAUAGCACAAUUCUAAAAGCCAGUAGGAUGUGACUGAACACGCUGAAUGCACUUCUGGUCUGUGGUGCUUGUGGUUCAGAAGUAGCCGUUUGACUUUAAUGGCCUGAUCUUGAGCAUUUACGGGACUGGAGAGGGCUCAAAGCUUUGCAUGCCAAUCACUUUAUGUAAGGCUUUUCCUUUGCUUGUCAAUGGUACUUGUCAAAGCUCUUCAAUAUGUAUGUUUAAAGUGUUUACUCCGCUGUUAGUUAACUUAGUACAAAGUAUAAUUGUGUCCACUUGUUGGUAAAUGAUGUAAAAAUAUGUAUGCACUCCUUUGCAUAAAUUACCUGAAGCUGCAGUGAUUAUUCUUACUAGAGGGGAUUAUUGUGACUGUGUUUCAUUUGAAGUUUAAUUUACCGCACUUGUUUUUCUAUUCGUUGGCCAUUCAAAAUGAUUCAAAAUGAUUUUCACCUAAUUUAUCCAUUUACGAUUCACUCCAAUGUUCUCACAGAGAAACAUUCAAUAGUCAUCCAAGGAAUCCAGCGCGGGCUUUUAUCUGUCAAACCAGGAGGUUAAUUGUGUUCACCUGGCAACCAGCUGAUCCUGAUUAAAUAGGCCAGCAAGACUCUUUGUCCGAAAGAAUGGAAUCGAGAAAGUGAGAGAAAUUGCUUUUAAAUCACGGGGAGCUGCUUUGUGGAUAUGUUUAAGAAAGGGAUUCGGAAGAAUGCAAAACAUGCAACUGUGUACUCCGCUGUCAAGGUGUCCUUUGUGUGUGGUCUGUGAGUAAUACGCACAGGAACAUGAGUCAGCUACACAGCGUCUGGGCGCUCACCCUGAGCUCCC